CAAGACGUCUCUUGGACCAGAGCACUCACCGUCAGCGAACCGGAAGAGAGGAACUUCAAAGCAGCGGCUCCCUUUCCCACGAAGCCGUGUCCUGAAGAACCUACACACGCAGCUAAUACAUGGGAGGAGAGAAGUCCCACACGUGUAUAUACUAGCAAUGGGAAAGGAUUCCGAGCGCCAGCUUCGCACCCUGUGCGGCACCUUGCUACCCACUCCGGGCUGCAGCGCCCCUUAGGUGGGAAACGCCUUGGGCAGCAGGUGCAAGAGGAAGACCGCCCGUACAACUGCAACUACUGUGGGAAGUCCUUUGCCCGCAGCGCCCACCUGGCCCGGCACCAGGAGACCCAUUCAGGAGAGCGGCCAUACAAGUGCACCUACUGCGGGAAGGCCUUUGGCCGCAACUCCCACCUGACCCGCCACCACAGCACGCAUACCGGGGAGCGUCCGUACGAGUGCGGUGUCUGUGGCAAGGCAUUCACCCGCAGCGCCCAUGUCACCCGCCACCAGGGCACCCACACAGGAGAGCGCCCCUUCCGCUGCGCCCGCUGCGGCAAGCGUUUCACCCGCAGCGCUCACCUCCAGCGCCACCAGGGCAUCCACAGCGGGGACAAACCCUUUUCCUGUGGCGACUGCGGGAAAGGGUUCACGCGCAACGCCCACCUCGAGCGCCACAGGGCCACUCAUUCGGGCGAGAAGCCCUUCAAAUGUGCCAGCCUAGCGGGAGAAGGGGUUUGCAGAGGCUUGCCUCCCACCUGAGAAUGCGGCACCAGAGGGAGACCCACAAAGGUGCUUAAUGCCAGCUAAUGAGCCGUUCCUAGAUCCAUCCAAACCUGGAUUUAGAAAUUGCCAGUCUUGAGGUCUUGGAUGGACUUUGGUCUUGAUAAUCUUUUAACACCUAUUUUCUGUGUUCCAAACUACCCAAGUCUUCAGCCGCUGUGAUUUGAGACAGAGCUGAGUGUAACAGUUUCAGCAGUGUUCAUCAGGGUCAUCCGAGAAUUGAGAAUUAUUUGAACUUUUCCCAGAGAAGAUUGUUUUCGAUACUGGACUUGCAAACUGUUCGCAAGGGGAGGACGGGUAUUUAAUCAGUUUGACCCCAUAUUGCCCCUCCCUCUUUUUCUGCUGUGCCUCGAACGAAGGCCACUUCUUGAUUCCAGGUUGUCGUUUGAAAACAAAACAAAACAAAUGCUACAUCUGUCAAACAUAAGAAACUUGGGAAACCAACUCUGCAAAAAGAGUCUGCAAAAGAUACUGGAAAUCGCCGCUAAUAUGUGGCGAUGUUAACACCGUCCGUGGAAGAGAAUAACGUUUUCUGGUGACUGACUUGGAAUGAAUUUUGAAUAACUCUUCUUUUUCUCUCUCCCUUCCUCCAGCCUUACCUUUGAGCUUCUGCCCCUGUGACUAAGUAAAUAUUGGUAAUCGCACUUACCUGCGUACAGUAUCUAAGAGAAUGGUACUGGAACAUAGGAGCGUUAUGUGUGCCUCUGAGCAUUUAGCAGGAAAAGAAAGGCUACCUUAUUUCUUGAGAGGCCAGCUCUCAGAACUAGUUCAAUCAGUCAUGUGGCACUUCCAGGGCCUAAUUGGCCUAAUUGGGCCUAUAUUCCUGCUAUCCAAUCCUUAGCCUCAACAACAGUGUUGCGGUAUACGGACCGUUUUACAGGUGGCCAGCUGAGACUGGAGAUAGUGACUUUUCUCCAUGCUGCAUAAUUCUGAACCGAAAUUUCUAUCCAAUCCUGCUAGAACACACAAGGUCUUGGACGGCAUACGGUGUGUUUCACAUCUCUCGCAUUUCCCCAACGAAUUCUGUCUCGUUUUCUUUUGUUAGUGGCUUUUGUAGUUCUACUGAUAAACCUCUGCAGCCUAACCCUAAUAUUAUCUAGGACAAGCAACAUUAGACUCCCGAUUAGUUGAUUAUUAUUUUUUUGAAAAGUAUUUUGAAGAUAGUGUUUUUCUGUAUGUUGAAAUGGGGAUGUGGGGGAUAAAUUGAUAAACAAGAUUGUGUCGUCAGUCUCAAAACAAACAGCUCGCUCUGUGGCUGGUUUUCCUGUGGAGAAAAAGAGGAUGGAGACAAAUGGGAAAGUUUGGGAGGCCAAUCAGAUCCUCUGGGAGAAGUUGAUGUAAAUGGACAAAAGCUGUUUAGGACAUCCGACUGAUGUGCUUUGCAUCGGGAGAGGAACGGCACGAAACCACAGGUUGGAGUCCCCAAAAUGUUCUUGUCACUCACAGGUGCUCCCAAUGGUGUCUUGCUUGGCUGGCUUCUAAGAUUUUGCAACUAGGAUUUCUCCCAGCAGUCCUGUUACUUAUGGGUGUAACUAAUUUGAUCUGCUUCCAGAUCUACGAAGGAAUGAGACUUUUGGGCAAUGCCAGCAAGGCAGAAAGGGAUGACCUUGCGUCUACGUGGGUCAGCUGUCAUUCUAGUUACUGAAACAGAUGCUUGGCUACAGCGUCAGACUUGCUUGGGUAUGAUACAGGUUGUCAUUCAGGCUUCUUGGAAUCAAGGAGAUGCAGCCAAACAUGAGCAAAAAUCUUGUAAAAUCUAGAAGUCAAACCUGGCCAAAAACACUUGCAGCUCACAAUUGCUCCAGUCGGUUACAGGAAGUACUUGAUGACAAUAUUACCCGUUAACCAAAUAGCAGUUUAAUUUUUAAAAAAACAAACAAACCCUAAAUACUUAAUCCCAAAAGUUACUUCCAAUGCUAUACAGCCAGCUGGUCUUUUCUUGUACACUUUCCCCCCAUCUCCUGGAUGGACUUUUACAAAAUGGAGGAACCUCUGCAUCUAAAUCUUGGUAGUCAUGUUUGUCCAGCAGAACGUAAUUCAUAACUUUUGGGGAAAGAAUAGCCAGAAUAACUGAUCUAACUACACUUGCUUCAUUGGUCACGUAUAAUCAUGUCUUUUCUUUCUCUGGGUGAUCUCAUACGCCAGCCAAAAGACAGCGGUAAAGUGAAUUUGUCUCCAUAAGAGAACUGAGAACCACCCCAAGACUGCCAUAUUUUUUCUCUACAGUUGCUAGAACAUGGAGGAGAUGCUGAGACUCUGAAUCGUAACUCUGAAUUGUAAUCCUGCCUGCACAGUGUUCUUUGUAGUAAAGACUCUGACUGUUGACUUUGUUUCUUUUAGCAUUUCCAAGGCUCGAAAAUCUGCCAGAGCCAUGCUCAGAUAUUCAUCUAUCCUAUGUGGCUUUUGUUGCCUUUUAAAAGCACUGUAGGAUAGUUGGGGCAAUCAUUCUUUCCAGAGGCAGACUUUUAACUUUCUAAAUGACGAUACCCCUGAUAAUGUUGGUACCACUUUACCCCGCUUAUGGCCCAGUCCCCUUGGUGGAAAGCUAAAAUGACAUCUGGGAGCGGUGGAGAGAUGCACUGGUAUGUUUGCUCCCUCCAGCUGCAUAAUGGGCACUUGCGCUGGUGGAGGGGUCAAAGAUUAUAGGGUUCGAGCGCUCCACAGCUCUGUGGUGGCCAGACCUGGAAGUGGGCGCUGCUGCGGAGCUUUGCUGUCUUUGUCUUUAGUCAAGCUAGGAAAGCCACGACGCGGGCCUUACGCACACCACCCAAAAGGUGGCAUAACUCCAGCCCUAGGGAGGGCUUCCGGGGUGACUGGGGUUCCCCCCCCUCUUUUGCUGCCUCUGGCAUGGCAUAAGUGCUGUCACUGGCCCCCAGAUCCCUGUGGAUUGGGCUGCCCAGGUUGGACUCAGCUGACUUUUUCACUCAGUCUUACCCAAUUCUCCUUUUUAUUAGAGCCCCAGGCCCACAUGGGUUUUGCCCAGGCAGGUCCCGUGAUCCCCAGCGCAGCCUUUUUGGUGGUCAAAGUGGACCAUCGUUUCCCUACUUUACAAAUGGAAAAAGGUGACCGAAUGUAAUGCUAAGAUUCACGUGACAAUUCUUCUUUGCUUUAUGGUAGUCAAUCUCGCCAGUAGAAAGAGGGCCAGCAAGAAUUGGUGCCUCCUGUGUUGCCCAGCCUAGCAGGGUUCCUGCCAUUUUCCCUUUCGGUGGAAACUGGCAUUAGAAACCCAAUUCAACAGAACCAGACUUUCCUGUCUUUUCCAGGUGUACUUGACAAUCAACCCCUUGGGAACUUGGGGAAAGAAAGAGAGCUGCAAAACAGCUGAAAAGAGAGCAAGAGGGAAGAAGGGUCCACAAACUCACUGUUCAAAGACCCAAAAUAUGUUGUUAUCCCCAAAUCUCAGAAUUGUGCUGUAUCCUUAAGAAUACAGUGAAUGGUGGACUGUUGACUUGUCUUGGAGCAAGAGGCAGUGUUUCAAAUCCGUUCUACCAAGAUAUUGAAUAGUGCGGGUUUUUUUUUUCUUUCUUAAUCUGUUGUAACCUUUUUCUAGAGCUUUCAGGAGGGGGGAAGUUUCUGGAGGUGUGAGAUCAGAGUUGCCAGCCUCCAGGUGAUGGGUAGACAAUCUCCAGGGGUAAUAACUGAUCUUCAGCUGGAAAAAAAAAUGGCCACUUUGGAAGGUGGACUCUUUGGCAUAAUACCCGUUGAUAUCCCUCCUCAAACCCCGCCCUUUUCAGUCUUCAUCCCCCAAAUCUCCAGGUGGCGACCCUAUGUGAGAGCCAGGCAGAGGCCUCUUCCGCACAUGCAGAAUAAUGCACUUUCAGUCCACUUUCACAAUGGUUUGCAAGUGGAUAGUGCUAUUCCGCACAGUAGAAUCCUGCUGCAAAGUGCAUUGAAAGGGGAUUAUUCUGCGUGCGAACAAGCCAGAGUCUAUAAGACUGUCAGCCUUUCAUUGCCAUCUCAAUUCUAGACCAGUGUAGCUACUCCCCCUAAAACAUUUUUUGAAGAGGCUGUUUUCUUUUUUUUGCUAAGCUACUGAAACCAAUCACAUAAGUGUCCUAGAUCGCACACACAUGUACCGUCUCAAAGAGCAAUGACUUGUUCCCUCCAAAAUGUUAGCUGUGAACUACUUCUGGUUGGCAAAUAUGGGCAGACCGACCCAAAAAGGAGUGGGUGACUCUCCACUGUGCCCAAAGUGCACAGACCUGUAGAAAAACCCCGCUAUUUGACAGCAUCAUUGCAAAUGUACCUGAAGGGAGGAGAUCGAAACGAUGCUGCAUUUGUCACCCUGAAGUCUCAGAGCGGUUGCCGUUUUGAAAUAUCUUUGGGUGUGGGAGAGCAUUAUGGCAGUCUGCUCAAAAUCAAUCUAAUAGAUUUUAUGGCCCAAACUACUGUAGAAAGGCUGCAAUCUAUUAGAAUCAAUCUAACGGAAUCAUCAAUAUUUAAUAGUUCAGAACUACAGUAUCUGGCGUUUAGUCAUUUCAAAAGGAAGGGAGCAUGCAGGCUUUGCUGGCUGUAUGGAGAUAUCUAAAAUAAAGAUUACUAUCCCUGAUGCUGUGUUUAAUUGGCAGUUCCAGAGAUACUUUCCUGUUAGAUAUUUUCCUUCUUGCAAAGGACACAUGCAGCAAUACAACUCAGAAUUAAUAUAGUGUGAUCUAGUGGAGGUGUGAUCCAGAGUACUGUCUGCCAAAGGCCUGUUGAGUUUAGUGGGUCUGUUAAUUUAAUUCAAUUAUUUCUGGAGUGGUCACCCCUGUCAUUUGCAAUGCCCUAACGUUCACUGGAUCCACUAUAGGGGUUCAUUUUGCCGUGAAUUUUGCUCUUACAGGAGAUGAGUGACAUGAACUGUGAGGUAAAAAUGACCGAGUCUGUGUCUUCAAAGGUUUAUUCUACAGUUGAUAACUUUUCUUCAGAUUCAAAAGUGAUAUUAUAUCAUUGCUGGCGGUAUAUAAUUUUUCCGUCUCCAGGCCUGGCCUCUGAUCAAGUCAAGUUAUUUAAGUCUCCUCAACGCUUCAAGCAAUUUCUUAGGGGGAACGCUGAAUAUUAUUUCCCAGCAUCCCACCCAACCCCAUUGCAAGUUUUUCUUAAUUUGUACUUCGUAUGUGAGCAUGAUUACUAACACACACUUCCAUAUUUUUUUCUUAUUCCCCCCUCCCUUAGUAGGUUAUGAAUGUAUGCAUAUCCACUAGAAACAAAGUUAAUAAAAUAUAUAAUUUGUAGAAAAAAAAGAACAAGGCAACCCUGCUCCGAUUCUGCCCCAAACAAAACAAAAAUCGUAUGAGGGAUGGUGCGAUAGUGGAGAAAAGCUGGUGUCCAUCUUUUAUUUUAUGUGAAUUCACUCUUGAGGGAGAAUUUUGUAAUAAUUUGGGACAAGGAGUCACCAUGUGGUGAUUCCCCCCGCCUCACAUGUCAUAUUUCUGUGGCUUCUUGUAAAUGUGCCUUCAAUGGGCAUCCAACCUUUCUUUUAGCAUUAGGGGUUCUCCUUUGAAUACAUUCCUCAGGAUAUGGUUAAAAACAAACAUGGCGGCACCAAUGCCAGAGACAACAAUGGGGGAAAUGUGGAAACUAACUUUUCUCUGAUAGUUUUGAAAACAGCUACAAAGCUAGCUGAUCUCCACACCUUAAGAAUCUGAAUCGCUGGACAGCUCCAAGUGCCAUUUUCACCUGCAAGGGAACUUAAUGUUGUAACAGUUUUUGCUUUCACUCAUUUAGGCCUUGCCUGACUCCUUUUACCGUGGAGACCCUUGUUGUGGCAUGUUAACCAGCUGUUGGUUUGGAGGCGAGAAAACGUGGUGGAAAGUGCCAUCAAGUUACAGCUAACUUAUGACGGCCCUGUAGGGUUUUCAAGAUAAGAGACAGUCAGAAAUGGUUUGCCAUUUGCCUGCCUCUGCAUAACCAUUCUGGUAUCCCUUGGUGGUCUCCCAUCCAAAUACUAGCCAGGGUUGGCCCUACUUAGCUUCUGAGCUCUGUCAAGGUCAGACUAGCCUAGGCUACCCGCCCUAGAUUGCUUUUGGCCUCUGUGCCCGGCAUAUUGGCCCUCCAGAGCAACUAGUUGGCCUCUUCAAAACAGUGCUGAACUAGAUGGACUGCCAGUCUGAUCAGGGGGACUCUUAUGACUCACCCACAGUAUUGCUUCACUGCAACAAAAUCAGCUGUACUUUUAUACCGGGAAUGCCAAUACUAUGUUAAGGGAGAGCCCCUAGUCCUCUAAAUCAUGGCUGUGCUAGCUGAGAGCAUUAUUUGCCUGCAGCAGGCCAUUUCAUGGCUGGUCUCCCAAGCAGUGCAGCAAGUGGAACUUUUCUCCCUUUCUGGAAAUAAGCAUAUCUUUGCAGUGCAGGAACUGCAGUUCUUUGAGGGUAAAGAAGCUAAAAAUCCCAGGCUUUUGAUUUUCCCUAAAGCUUCCAGGCUGGGGUAUGUUUAAUUCUUCAAAUGUUAGCUUGAGUAAAUAAUACGGAGUUGGAGUCUACCACUCAAUGAAAUUUGAAGCCUCCGUCUUAAAGAGCUUUCCUGUGUUGGCACAGCCAACUGGAGGAAGGCUCCGCAUUUGGCUGAGCAAGAGUGGCAGGAUCCAAGCCAUUGCUUCGCUACUUCACCUCUGUAAACUCUGAUUCACUCUAUGCUGCGAGUAACUAAGUUUCUUCAGUUCCUCUUGUUCAGUGACUCGUUCAACUAUAUUGGUUUUUACUGUGGCUCAACUUGGUGUUUUCGUUUUGUGCCGCACACCUUCUCUGGGAUGGCCAGUUGACUUCUCUUGUGUAUUGGUCUGGGGCGGGGAUAUUUUGGGAUUUAUUUGGAAUUAGGGUUUAUUUGGAGUUGUUUGUUUGGAUUGUUUGUAUUCUCUAUAGUUUUUUUCCCCUCCCAAUUAUUGUCAGUGGGUAUGUCUUAAUAGGACAAAUAAAAAUGCUAUUGCAGAAGUGGCACAGCCAACCUUUUGCAAGUGUUCCUGUUCCUAUGAAAGGCCUCCCACCAUCUUUUAACCCUAGUAAUUGCCCUUGGUAUCUGACUCUAUUUUGCUAUUGUAGUAACAGUGACUAUCUCUGCUCUGUAUAAAAUAAACACUUUUUUUUUGGUU